AUGGCUGGCGCAGUUGGCCACUUCCUUCACGGCGUCGCGAGUGGAGACCCGCUGGCAGAUGCCAUCGUUCUCUGGACCCGCUUCACGCCCCGGCCGAGCUCUGAAAAGGCGUCCCACAACGUGCGUUGGCUCCUCUGGGUCCUCGAGGGCCCCGAGCGCAGGGAGCGCACGGGAGAGGCAGCUGCAGCUGAGGAGUUUGACUUCACCGUGAAGGUGGACGUAUCCGGGCUGCAGCCAGGAACCCGUUACGCAUAUCGUUUCGAGUGUGGGCAAGCCAAGUCACCACAGGGCGAGUUCCGGCUGCCGCUGCCUGCCACGGAGCCGAUGGCAACGCUGAGCUACGCCGUCUUCUCCUGCGCCAACAGGGGCUUCGGCAACUUCCGCGCCUAUGCCGCUGCAGUGGAGCGCAGCAGAGAGCUCUCGGCACCCUUAGACUUCUGGCUGCACCUGGGAGACUACAUCUACGAGUACGGAGACACCCGCUACCCCGAGCCCUCGGAGACGGUCGUCCCAGGACUGCAGCCGAGGGAAGAGCUGGUGAACUUGCAGCAGUACCGGCAGCGCCACGCGCACUACCGCCUCGAUCCCGAGUUGCAGCGUUUGUCGGCCAGCGCCCCGAUGAUCAGCAUCUGGGACGACCACGAGGUCGCCAAUGACGACUUCAAAGACGGCGCUGAGAACCACCACAGCGAGACGCAAGGGGCUUUUGAGGCACGGAAGCUCGCAGCCCUUCGCGCCUACCAUGAAUGGUUGCCGACGCGUGUCGACUUUGACCUUGCAAACUUUUCGGCUGCGUCCUGGAUGCGCUGGCGGCGCUUCGAUUUUGGGAGUCUGGCGACGCUGCUGAUGCUGGAGACGAGGCUGCUGGCCAGGACCAGCCAGGCGGCGAGGACGGAGAGCGUUCGGGCGGAGAUCGCUGCAGUGCUCAAUGGGGCCUGGGCCCUGUCCCCGAGCGCCUGGCCAGGCGGUCGCAUCGAGAAGAAGAUGCGGAAAGUCCAGUCAGCGGUGGAGGCAGAGCGUUUGGAUCCGAGGAAGCGGAUGCUGGGAGACACCCAGCUGGCGUGGAUCGCGGCGCAGGCCAAGGCCGAGGGCCGGCCGGGGAAGUGGCUCCUCAUCGGCCAGCCGCAGGUGGUGCAGGAGCUGAUGAGCCCCAACUUUCAGGACCUUCCGAGCGGAGGCACUGACUGGGCAGAAAUCGUCCGGAACCUCACAAAGCGCGGUGCUCUGUAUCGGAAUUACACCGAAUCAGGAGAAGGAGAGGCUGACUUCGUGUCUUCGGAGCUGCGCAAUGCCUUCUUGGUGGACCUGGCAGCUGGCCGAUUUCGAAUCCAGCUGAACUUCGACAGCUGGACGGGCUACGUGGCUGAGCGACAGGGACUUUUGCAGUCCCUGCGUGGCCCGUCGCCGGCCAUCAUCUACGGUGGGGACUCGCAUAAUGCAUGGACAGGCCUCCUUCGGGGCGGCGACGGGAAAAGGGUGGCCGUGGAGUUCGACGGCAUGUCCGUCACGAGCCCUGGCCUGGAGUCCCAGCGUCCCUUUCUGCCCCCUCAGCUCGAAGCAGCUGCUUGGAAGGCAGCCAAUCCCGACCUUGCCUGGGCGGACACGUCCCGGCGUGGCUUUAUGCUCGUGCAGCUCGGUCUGGACAACCACCGCCUCGAGUACAUGGCCGUGGAUGUUUCGACUCCGAGCAGAGGCACCAGGGAGGGCGCCAGCUGCCUCGCUGGCUUUGACGUCGGGCGCGACCUGCAGCUCUCGCCAACAUCCUGCAGGACGGCGUCAUGGUCUGCGGCCUUGCAUGCGUCGCUCGCGGCGGGCGCUUCUGGGAGCGUCGAGCCGUCCAUGCCGUUCUCGCGCUUGCUGUCUUGGGUGCCUCUCGCGUUGCUCGCGUUGCUGACGGCGCUUUUGGGCUUCCUCCUGGGCCGGCGCUCCAGCUCGAGCUGCUCGAGCCGCUCGAGCUCUCGUCUCUUUGGGAGUGGCCUCAGAGCAGGAGGCUACAAGCGGCCCUCGGAGGAGGCGGAGGCAGAUGGCCUUCAAGCGCCGCCAAUGGGGUGCUCACGCAGAGACGGCAUAUGA